UUAAAUGGGAGAGGCUGGGCCUCGAGGCCCCCAGUUUGUUCAUCCAACGCUCUGCUUCCAAUUCCAAUGGCUGCCAUCAAAGUCUUGUAUCUCUCUCUCCCAUUGCUUCUCUGUUUUCUUCACUGUUACGCUCAGAACGGCAUCGUUAAUUUGAGGUCAUCAAUCGUUGCUGGGUCGAAUCAUUUUUGGGUAUCUCCCUCCGGCGAGUUUGCUUUUGGGUUCCACGAGAUCACCCCUGACAGAUACCUUGUCGGCAUAGUGUUCGACAAAAUUCCUGGAGAACUUUGGUAUGGUCCGCUAACAGAGACGACCCAGCAAACGCUAAGUCCACCAUUAUUCUCAAAUCUUCCGGCGAAUUUGCUCUGAUUCAAGCUAACAACACUGAAGUUUCAAUCUACGACGGCAACGACACUACCUCGGCUUUCAUGUCUGACGAUGGCAACUUUCAGCUGCUGAAUUUCUCCUCCGAUCCCAUAUGGCAGAGCUUCGAUCAUCCCACCGAUACUCUAUUGCCUGGACAGGUUUUUAAACUAUUACUCAACUCAGAAUUUUAUAUUCUAUUUUGCUCCAAAUUUAUAUGCAUGUUUGGUUCCCACAAUAAUACAUACACUAUAAAAAUUCGGGUAUUCAUGUUGGAUGUAGCAGACGACAGCAAUGUCCUCUUGACUUCUUUUCGAAAGGGUGAUCCUGCUUAUAAUAUCCUUUUUCCAACAGUUUUGGUAUCAGAGUCAAAUUCGUUCGACACGAGGCAUCAAGAUGAAGACCUUGCUCAGAUCGCAGGAGCUAUGAGACUUGGUGGAGCACGGUUUGUUGAUGUAUUAGAAUUCACAAUAGAAGAAAAGGACAGACUAAGAGAAACCAAGAAAAACGAUGUCAAGGCUUUAUUCAUUAUUCAGCAAGUAGUUCAUGAGACUAUCUUCUCACGAAUUGUAGCAGCAACCACAUCAAAGCAGGUGUUGAGAAGCUUGACUCCAAAGUUUGACCAUGUGGUGGCUGCCAUAGAAGAAGCUAAGGAUCUAUCCAUACUCUCCGUUGAUGAAUUGAUGGGCUCGCUUCAGGCCCAUGAGGCAAGAAUCAAUAGAGCAUCAGAAAGGAAUGAAGAAAAGGCAUUACAGGUGAGGGAGACAACCAACCACGAAAGAGAAAAUAUUCAUUUAGCAGUAGAAGUCAUGGAAGAGGAGGAUUUCGCAGCUUCCAUGGCGGUUGUGAUAACGGGGGUAGAUGGAGAAGUGAUGGACAAAGACAAUUCAAUGAACAAAGGAAUGUAUGGUUUUCAGAUUACGAAGAUUUGGGGAGCCAUGAUCGAUCCUUGCCUUGUGAACACAGUUUGCGGCUUAAAUGGUCUCUGCAUAUCAUCCGACAACGACACAGUAACCUGUGAUUGCUUGCCGGGCUUUGUUCAUUUGGAUCCGACCGAUGCUAUGAAAGGAUGUCGGCCAAAAACAGUGGACAAUUACCGUAGUGAAGAUUAUGGGAAGACAUUCGAGAUCCAGGUGAUCAAUGAUGUCGAUAUCGGCUUCCCCCCUGCAGCAGGACAAUUUUCAGUAUUGGCUACUACAAACGACGUUGAUGUUGAGGGAUGCAAACAGGCAAUUCUCGGGGAUCGUUAUGCCAUGGCUGCAACUUUGAAUGGCAGGACAUGUCUUAGCAAAAGGACGCCAUUAAUGAAUGCUAGAAAUACUUCCAAUACUAAAGGAUUAAGAACUCUAAUUAAAGUGCCUUCAGGAAACAGUCUGAUGGGUUUAAACAACAAACCAAAAGACAAAUCGAAAUACCGAAAGUUCCUGGAGAUCGGCAAUAUAAUCGCUGGAGUUCUUGCUUUUUGCUUCGGAGUCGUUGCCCUCUUCUCUCAUCCCAUAACUGGAAGAUUGUCGAUAAGGAAGCAACUCUCAAGUGCAAGUGCCAUCGGAAUUAAUUUCCGGGAAUUUACUUACCAGGAAUUAGAUGAUGCAACCAAUGGAUUCGACAGGAUCCUCGGCCGGGGAUCUUUUGGCAAAGUGUACGGCGGAAAUUUACACAUAGACGGUGUUGAGGUGGAAAUUGCCGUGAAAGUGCUCGACAAAAUGCAUGAAAGAACUGAAAGUGAGUUCGUGACGGAGCUCACAAUCAUCGGCCGGACGUAUCACAAGAAUUUGGUCCGAUUGUUAGGUUACUGCAUCGAAAAGGAGAAUCAAUUUCUUCUAGUGUUCGAGCUAAUGCCGAGGGGAGCACUAUCAAGUUUCCUCUUCGGCAGUGGCGAAAAGCCGAAUUGGGCACAGAGGGUCGAAAUUGCGUUGGGAAUAGCGAGAGGAUUAGCGUACUUACACGAAGGGUGCGAGAUGCAGAUCAUCCAUUGCGACGUGAAGCCCAAAAACGUACUCCUCGACCCCAAUUACACGACGAAAAUCGCAGAUUUUGGGAUAUCGAAGCUGUUGAUGAAGAACCAAACGAGAACAAACACGGAGGCGAGAGGGACAUUUGGGUACAUGGCGCCGGAGUGGCUGAGGGGAGCUCCGGUGACGGCAAAGGUGGAUGUAUUCAGCUAUGGGGUAAUGCUGUUGGAGAUAAUUUGCCGUAGAAGGAACGUUGAGUUGGAUCGAGUGGAAGAAGAAAGUGAGGAGGAGGACUUGGUUUUAUCGAAUUGGGUUCUGAGUUGCGCGGCGGCCGGUAAACUGGAGACGGUGGUGGGAGAUGAGCCGGAAACAUUAAGGGAUUUGGACAGGUUUGAAAGGAUGGCAAUGGUGGGCUUAUGGUGCAUUCAUCCAGAUGCGUCUCAAAGACCAUCCAUGAAGAAGGUGACCCAAAUGUUAGAAGGCACGGCCGAUGUUGGAACCCCUCCUCAGCUUCUGCGCGCCACAACCUCCUCCUCUUCUGCCUACUUCUGUGGACCGGGUCCAUCCCUUAAAGUGAAUAAGCUUCAACUUUUUUCGUCUUAUUUUAAAGAAAAUAGUCUUCCUUUUACGUUCUUUUCAAUUCAUUUUUAAAUGUUCC